UUGAUCGAACAAAAAAAAAAUAAAUCGCUGCAAGAUCGCCCAUUACAAUAUGCGCAUCCAAGAUCGCCCAUUUUUGACGUUUUUGUCUUGGCGUCGUCAGCGUGCAGUGCAGUUUAGUUAUUUUGCUCGUUUAAAACAUUUGAGAAAAAACAUUUUAUUGAACCGUAACGAUAAAGUGAUAAGUGAUAAGUGAUUGUUUACUCCGAUUCCAAAAUGCCACCUACUGCCCUCCAACUCGAGCGCAGUAAGUUGGCGAAAAAAGUCUUCCUAGAGCGGAAGAAACUUUUGCAGCAGUCGCUUCGGCAUGUCCGAAAUAGCACGUCGGAACAGCACGAGGAUCUCCAGCAGCUGACCGAUCGGCACGAGGAGUCCCAAGAGCGGACGGAACAGCAAGUAAAGCCCCAACAGUGGACAACACAGCACGAGGAACCCCAACAGCGGACGGAACCAGACCAGAAGCCCUCGAUUGGACGACAGCAAAUGGCUCCAAGACGGCGCUCGGUUCGACUGCUCAGUUAUGCCGAGAAGGAGGUGACAACCAAAAAUCUUGUCAGCCAACGCAGUGCCCGGUGGAUGGCAGACGAUCAAUCUUCGCAGUCUACACGGCAUGUACGAAACAGCACAUCGGAACAGAACGAGGAUCUCCAACAGCUGACGGAUCAGCACGAGGAGCGCCAACAGCCGACGGAACCUGACCAGAAGCCCUCGAUUGGACGACAGCAAAUGGCUCCAAGACGGCGCUCGGUUCGGUUAUCCAGUUAUGCUGAGGAAGGGAAGCUACCAUUCACAAAACUUGCCAGCCAACGCAAUCCCCGGCGGAUGUCAGGCAAUCAGUCGUCGAUGCCUAUAAUUUGCCCAGUUUUUGAUACUACAGUUCCGAACCACUCGAAGCUUAACACACUUCCAGCUACCAGUCAAUCGAUCAAAUCACAUGCAUCUUCGGCUCCAUGCGGAGACGACAAUCAACAUGUUAUCAUCUUCAACGAUGAACAGUGUCAAGAUGAAACAUCGGUGGAUGUACCGGAGCAUGUAAAUCACUGGAAGAGCGUAGUCGGCCCAGACGGCAUAGAGCGGGAUCAACGUGAUAAUCAAGAAGGAGGAUAUUUGAGGAAUGAACCACAAAAGCCGAAUCCGAAACGACGGAACAAGCGCAGGAAGAAAAAAAACAUGACAGAGACGGUAAGCAAAAAAUAG